AUGUUUCCUUUCUCCCCCUCCUCCUCCUCCUCCUCCUCUUCAUUCAGUCUGGCCUACACUCAAGCUCUCCACUUCUCAUCUCUUUUUCUUGUUUCUCAUUCUCGUUUCUUUUCGUUUUCUUUCCCCUCCUCUUUUCUCUUCUUUCGCAUAUACUCAAGCUCUUCAGUUCUCCUCCCCACUAUUUCCUUCUCUCUCUCUCUCUCUCUCUCUCUCUCUCUCUCUCUUGUUUAUUUCCACUUUCUCAACUUCUCUGGUAUGCACUCAUGCUCUCCACCUGUAUAUUUUUUAUUCCUUCCACCUUCUCUCCUCUUCCUCUUCAUCUCUCCACUGAAACUCUGUACCUCUCUCUUUCCCGUUUCUUUUCACCUUUUCUCCUCCCCUUUUAUCUACAUUCGCAUAGACUCCAACUCUCCAAUUCUCCUCUUUCACUCUCUCUUUCAUUCUCUCUCUCUCUUUCACCCCCUCUCUCUCUCUCGUUUCCUUCCCCUUCUCUCCUCUCACUCUUCCUCUCUAUUGCCUGUUUUUCCUCUCUAUUUUCUUAAAUUUAUUGCAAUAUGUCAAGUCUGGAAUAAAAGAUUAAUUCGAAUUGUCGAUAGAAAUUAG